AUGGAGCGCAUCCAGGGCUGCUGGGAUGUUGCGGAGGUGGGCCCUUACCUCGCUGUCUCCUGCGAAGAAGCUCGCAUGGAAGAAAGGGUCGUUUUGGCCCCACGCAUCCUCGCAUUCCUGGAAUGCCUUCUGCAGGCCAUUACAGGCGUUCCGGAUCCUCUGCAGGCGAGGCUUCUGGUCGCGAAGGUGAUCCUGUCGAACCACUCGCUCCUGCUCGAUCUCCUGCUUCAGCUUGCGGAGCGGCUCAGGCUCGUGGUGCAGGUCCAGAGGGCCCUCGAAGAAGCUCUCCGGGUCGUCGCGCAAUGCCUUGAGCGCGGCAAUCUCUGCUUUUGCCAUGGAAAGUUGGGCGUGGGCGACUUUCACCGAGGCGUCCGCCUUCUGCAUGACAACAGCGAUGCCUUGGGCGUGUUCAUCCGCCCAGCUCUUGCACCACUCUCCGACAAUCGACUCUUGUUCGCGGACCUUGGCCUGGGCCAAUCGCUUCUCCUCCUCUACCCGGGCAAGUUCAUCCUGCAACGCGGUGAAUGA